AUGUCCACGGAUCCGUCACCGGAGCAACAACCACAAUCAAAUAAUCCAGCUCCGCAACAAUUUACAGCCGAACAAGUGCCAUUUCGUGAGUUUCGGGCCGAAAACCUGGGUCACAGUGUCCCGAACGCGUAUUGCGCCAGCACUCCACACUCCACACACUCUCUCGUUUUUUCUCUAUCUCUCAUCCGUCUCUUCAGCAAAGCGCACUCUCUCAUCUUUUUUUUGCGCUUUUGUUUUCUUGCUGAAAAAUGCUGGAAAUGGAAUUUUUGUAACUAAAUCGAAUAUGGAGAAGACAGAGGAAGAAAAAUUGAAGCUAUUCCGAGUUGUUUCAUGAAAAAUGGUUGAGAAUGAAAUGAACAAGAGCUCUUCAAAAAAUAGCUUGUUGAAAAACAUCAUUUUUGACCCAGGAAAGCUGAUAAAAUUCAGUUUUAUGCUUCAAAAACAUUGAAAUAGGACUCCUCAUGUAUGUGGAAUCAAUAAAAAUUCAAAAUUAUGCUGUUUUUGUUAUUUUAUUUUCCAUCGAAAUUUGCCCAAAAUUGAUCAAAAAACUAGAUUUCAGAAGUUUAUUCUUAUCAAAUAAUUCUUAAAACACCUUGAAAGUAUUCUAAUUUACAUAUUUAUCAUAAAACAAGUGCCGAAUCACAUUUUUCCUUCAUAAAAUUUGAAUUGUUUUUCUUCAAAAGAUAUUAACUAACUUAUUUUGAAUCCAACCUUCACAUGUUUUAUAUCAAAACGUUUCUCUCAUUAUUCUCCAGAACAUAUAGCUCAGUUUGGGAGUUUUCAUGCAAGUAUAAUUGGAUUAUAAUCGUUUCAAGAAAAAACCUAGUGUUAAAUUUUCAAAAAACCGACAAACAGGCUUGUGCGCUCUACCGCACAUGCACCAAAAAUGCGCACAACUUUUCUCUGCCUACGCGUUGGGGGCACUGUGUGGGUGAACAACAAAAAAAAUUGAAAAAAUUUUUUUGCGUGGCCUAGAAAGCCAAACCUCUUCCACGGCCAUUUCUCCUUUUUUCAUGUUUCAACACAGAAAAAAGUCGUUUACUCAUUAAUCAUUAAUUCAUUUCGCCUCGAGCAAUCAAUUUUAGCCAUCCAAACUCUUUAAUUUCCUUCUUCUCCCCCUCUUCCUCUUCUUUUUUUGUCGGUCGGUGAAUAGUUACUCUCCGCAUUUAGAGCCUCAAAAAAGAAAGCGAAAGUAGAAAUGUACUAGUUGUUGUGCAUAUAAUUAGAUACGAAGAAGAAGAAGAAGAGAAGAGCGGGGGGGGGGGGAGCCAGAUUUUUCUUGGAAAAUAGAUGGAAAAUCGGGAAAACGGAAUUUUUGAUGUCCCCCCGGUUUUUGAAUGGCUUAUGAUUCCUAUUAUGAUGAUUGAAAAUGAAAAGAAAAAAUUUUCUGGGGAUUUUUGGAUUUCGCAAGAAUGUUGAAAUCGAAAAAAACCCCAGGGGUUGAAAUUUUUUGUUGAAAAAUUGUUAGGUGGAUUUUCACAAUCUUCCACGUGGCAGAUAUUGUGACGCAACAUUUUGAGCUCUAAAAUCCACGUGGUAGAUCAAAGUUUCGCGCCAAAAAUUUGUAUGUAAAAUUUCUGACAUCACCCAAUUUUUCUUGCACUUUUUCCAACAAAAAAAAAAGAAAAUCCCAUUAAUCUCCCAUCUAACAUAAAAUGCAAAAAUAAUGCCCUCCCAGAAUGAAUUUUUGAGUUGAGGGCGAAUUUUUUUCGAGAAAGAGAAGAGAUCUAAAAAAAAUUAUAUACAUUUUUGAUAAAAUUUGUUUUCAGAAAUGAUUCCACCGGGCGCGCAUUUCUUCGCCAAUCCCUUCAUGAAUCCAUAUAUGGCUGGACCACCAGAAGGCUGGCACCAACAAAAUGGAGCCAACGAAAAUGCGCAAAAAGAUUCUGGUGUUCCAAAAAUGGCGAUGCCAAUGAUGACACCAGCACAAUAUCAAGAGAUGAUGCAACACUAUUUUCAACAAAUGAUGGCUGCCAGCGGCGCACAAUUUCCCAUUCCAUUUCCCAUGCAAUUUCCAACAACCUUCCAAAGUGCUCCUCCUCAACAAUUCCAGCCGAGACCCAGUUCACAGUGUUCUGCGAAUUCGGCGGCGCCGUCUCCAAAUCAUUUGGCUCAAACGGCGAAAAAUGAGAUGAGAAAAGAGGAAGAGGUGGGCAUAUUGGGACGGGAUAAAUACUUGAGAUAUUCUCUUAUGAAACCACUUAUAACAAGAUUCUAAAUAAGAAUUGGAACGGGGAUUUAUUACCAGAAAAUGGAUAGGGUUAUUGAUUUUUUGAGCAAAACAUUGGGGAAAAAUAGGAAAAGGAAUAGUUGAAACAUAGAAAUUUUCGAAAAUUUUAAAUUUGUAUUUCUUCCCGAUAAAGUUUAGGUUUCAAAAUCCACGUGGCAGGAUUUCUUCGAAAUUCAAAUUUUUCCCACAUUUGUGCAUUUGAUACUCAGCCUAGUACGCAGCGAAAUUUUGGAGAAUUGCUCAUAUUAUAUUGUUAAUUUAAAAUUGAAACCUAGCUAGAAUGAAAUUGUUUUCCAGGAUUUUUCUUUUUUUCUUCAAAAAAUGUUGAAACAGUAGAAUUUUGAGGGAUUUUUUCAAUGAAAUUUAGGUUUCAAAAUCCACGUGGCAGAGGAUUUUUGAAAAUUUGAAUAAGAUACUCAGCCUAGUACGCAGCGAAAUUUUGGGGGUAUUGCUCAUGUUAGAAAUUGUCUUCUGAAAUUCUUGGCAAUAUUUUGAUUUGCAGAGAGGGUAUGCUAAUGUUAGAUUUUUUUCUCGGGAAAUUUAAUAAAACAUUUUGAAACAGUGGAAUUUUUAAAAAUUGAAAAAAUUUCAAACACUUUUUAAUCUGAAAAAACCAUCCACGUGGCAAAUUCAAUAAAAAAUCAAUAAUUUCCCUAUUUUUUUCAGAUUGUCAUUGAAAAUGAAAAAACAGCUUCAACAUCAGCAGAAGUUCCAGCAGAAUCUUCUACACAAGAUCAGCAACCAGGUUGGUUAAAUUUAAAAUUCUAGUCACCAUGGAAAUUUUGGCCAUUUUUACACUAGAAAUUUCGGCUCCAAACUGAAAAAUAACUUGUUGAUUCCGUAAUCUGAUCUCUAUUUUUUUCCAAAAAAAAAACGAGAGCAUUUUUCAUUUGAGCCCAAAAAUAAUAAUAAUAAAAUGUGCUCUUUUUUUGCUCCUAAAAUAUUCAUGAAAAAUAUUUGCUGGAGCACACAAGGAAUCUUGUUUGUUUUUGUUCUGCUGUUGUUGAUGACAUCCGUCCGGACACCCGAUAAUUAACAUUUUUUUUCGCGGAUUUUGUUGUUCGUACUUGACUAGGAUAAAGGGAUUUUUAGGGGGAAAAUUAAAGUUUGGAGCAUAUUUUUAACCAUGGGAAAUUCUACGUUGGCCAAUUUUUUUUGGUCUUGAAAAAUUCCACGUGGCACAGCUUCAACUCUUGGAAAAAGCGUUAUAAUUUUCGUGGCUGGAAAAUUUCACCUUCAAUAUUUUUUAGCCCUCAGACGUGGCAUAAAUUCAGCCCUGGUAGAACCACGUUGCACUGUUUAAUUUCCCAAAUUGUUGAGCUACAGUACUCUGAAGUGUAUCAGGAUUACUGUAGGUAUAAUACUUUAAAAAAUACAUUGUUUUCUCCAGACUACCGUAAUCUCAAGGACACUGUAAACAAGCCUUUUUACAAUGUAAAGAAGUUAAUACGGUUUUUGACUACUGUAUCUUGUGAAAUAAAUAUCUUGAAAUCUACAGUAUGAUUUUUUUUUGAAUUGUAGUUGCGAAUCUCAUUUUUUUCAAUCAAAUAUUUUUGAAACGUACAUUUUCAUUAUCAGAUCUUCUUCUGGCAGCCGCCGCCGCCUCCACUUCUUCCUCAACAACAAUUCCAACACCCGAUGAACCGGAGCAAACAUCAUCGAGCUCUUCAACAAUUUCAUCAGAGAAGCGCAAAAAUUCGGGAGAUCGAACUGAUAGUUUGAUUCGGAAGCAGAUGAGUGAAAUUGAGAAGGAGAUUACGAGACGGUCACAGAAUAAAAAUAUUAAGAAGGUGAGUGAGGAAAAGGGGGAUUUGAGGGCAGUUGGACAGUUGAAAAUGUGGGCGUGGCUUGAUUGCAACUGCCGCACACUUUUUUCCUAUCGCUGUUCAACUGCCUUUUCAAAAAAUGAUCUUUUUUCUGCGGGAUCCCUUCAGCCAUUUUUUGUUGCUCUUGGGAUUCAAAUCUGACCAAGAGCCUAAUCUAAUUUUUCUCUGAUUCUCUCUCUUUCUCUCACUCUCUCGCAAUUUUCUAACCCAACCACGAAAAAAGCAGAUAAACGACAACGAAUUGGCUGAAUUGAUUGGUGUGGCAUCCACUUCGGAUGCCGCUUUUGUUGCACAUUUUUCUGCCACCCCUUCUGAACAGGUUUGUUAUAGAGUGCAGUUGAAUUUUUGUGAAGUCUAUCCGCAUGUUUUCUUCGUCGUCUUCUGAAAUUGUUUUGGGUUAUGACGUGGCAUCUGAAGAUUUGCCACGUCAUAGUUCUAGAUGUUGUUUUGAAUUGUUGUGGUUCCAAUUUUCCUCAUUCCCCCCCCAAAAAAUAUUGUUUUUCAGAGUGCCUUACCGUAUUCCUCUUCCACUUCAACAACUUCUGAAGCUCCGAAACCGCAAGUUAAAGAAACACUGAAUCAAUUGAGGAAUUCGUUCAAUUUGGCUGAUGAUCCUCUAAUUAGUGCUCCACCUCAAGUUCCAACUCAAAUCCAGCCGCAAUUCAACAAUUUUACCAGUUUUUCGCCGUCGAAUCCGUUUCCGAUUGGAGUUGCGGUAAGUUGUUGGCUGGAUCUCAUUGAAUGAAUAUACAUAGGGAGAAUUUUAUUUGUGGAAAUUUUGAAACAGUGAUUUUUCUCGUUUCAAAAAAUGCAAAUAUUUUUAGAGAAAGCUUUUUUGAACUAUUAUCUAGACUAUGCUAAAGCCUUACUGGAAAAAAUAAUAACAAAAAAUAUUUCUGAAAUUUUUGAAACAGUGAAAAAAUAUUAAAAUGAUGAUGUUUCAAAAACCAAAUAAAAUAAAAGCAAAAAAAUAUUUCGGUAUUUUUUGAAACGUAGAGUUCCCGGGUUUCCAAAAAAAAUUAUCUUUCGAAAAAAAUGUGUAGUCAAAUGUUCAAUUUCUUUGCUCAAACCCCAUUUUUUAUUCCAGAUGGCUCAACAAUUCCUUCCCCAACAACCAUUCAUUCCAAAUGGCACAAAUCCCUUCUCACCACAAUUCGAAAAUGGCUCCUCCUCCUCAGCUGAAUCGGCUCAUCAUUUCUCACCCGAUCAAUUGGCUGCCGCUUUUGCCCAACAACAACAAAUCACACAACAACCAGAAGUUUUGCCUCAGGAAUCGCAGUCUCAGAAUCAAGUACAGAAUCAGGGAUUGGUUCCACCGCCACCUCCACCUUCACAUCCCGUCUUGAAUAAUAAUUUGAGAGGGAAAAGUAAUUGGCAAGAGGAAAAGGAGAAUAAUGAGACUGGAAAUGCGAAUGGAAAUGUGGCUGAAAAUGAGGAAAAUGAUCCGGUUUGGGUGUUGAGAGAUUCGUAUUUGAAGAAAAUGCAAAGGGAACAAAGGACAUCGGCUGAAGAGGUAAGGCUUUAGGGUUUAGGCUCAGGGUUUAGGCUUAGGCUUAGAAGUUAGGCUUAGGCUUAUCUCAGGCUUGAGUUAAGGUUCAGGCUUAGGCUUAGGUCAAGCUUAUUUUUUCAAUUUAAAGUUUUCCAACCUUUUUGCCAUAAAAUUCAAGUUUGUUAGAAAAUUCGAAACGAACUUUUUUUGGAGAAAAUUUGAUUUGAAACAAUUUAGAAAGGUUUUGGAGUUUCAGUAUUUUUUUUUUGGAAUUUCCCAAAAUUUUUUCAGGAGUUAAAUUGGCAAGACGCUGCAACAGCUGCACAAGAAGCUGCUCAAGGCGGAGAAGAAGAGGAACAAGAAACCGAUCGACUUUUGAAUGGUUCUUCUGGAAUUGGACCUGGAUCUUCAUCGAAUUCAAUUGGACAAGGAUCAACAAAAGAUCGGAGAGCAUCAGUUGAGAAAAAGAAAAAUAGCAAAGAAAGUAGGUUCCUUCAGAAUUUUUUUUUUGAAAAGUUUAUAGUAGCCACCACAUUUUCACCACAAAUUUAAUUUUUUUCCACCACACACCAAUUCACCCAAAAAGUUAAAGUUUCCUUUAAAAUUUGGUAAAAUAAUAAUUAAGUAAGUUUAGAUUAGUUUUGUAUUUUUCAGUUUUUUUUUGGUUCACACUUUUUCUCUAUUUUUUAUUUUGCACCCUAUUUUUGUAUUCCCUCGCAUGAUAUUUAUUUAGAAAUUUUGUAAUAAAAAUUGCUUUUGGGGGAUUUUGAUUUGAAAAAUUUGAAUUUGAAUUUUUCACGCCAAAAUUUAAUUUUUUAUUUCAAAAAACCCCAAAAGCAAAAAAAAAAUCUUCAAAAAAAUUGAGCAUUUUGUGAACGGUGGCUUCUAUCAUUUCUCUAAACCCCCCUCUAUUUAUCAUUUUCAUUUUUUUUCAAAAUUCAAUUUCAAAAAAUCAAUAUUUUCUUGCAAUUCCAGCAAUGGUUCACGAACCUGCAGUUCUAAUCGAGGGAGUCUUGUUCCGUGCUCGAUAUCUUGGCUCAACUCAAAUGCUGUGCGAAAGUCGUGGCUCGAAAUCGGCUCGAAUGGCACAAGCACAAGAAGCUGUUGCUCGAGUCAAAGCACCUGAUGGAGAUGUUCAACCAUCUACAGAAAUCGAUUUAUUCAUCUCGACCGAGAAAAUUAUGGUUUUGAAUACGGAUUUGCAACGAAUAUCGGAUACUGAUGUUAGACAGGAUAUUUUGAUGGAUCAUGCGUUGAGAACUAUUAGUUAUAUUGCGGAUAUUGGAGAUUUGGUUGUGUUGAUGGCGAGGAGAAUGUCGACGAGUCAUUCUGAUGAAUCUUGUAGUGAUAGGUUAGGAUUUGGGAAGGAAAAAAUGGGAGAAAAUCAGUUUUGAAAUAGUUAAUUUUCUGGGUAACAAUUAAAUCGACUUAUUGAAAUUAUAAAGUAAUCCCAAAAUUUUUGGGAAAUUUUCGAAACAGUGAAUUUUUUAUCACUUUAAAAAUAUAUAGUUAUUUCGAAAGAAAUUUUUGAAAAAAUGAAUUUUUUGGAUAUGCAAAAAAAUUAUCAUUAAAAUCCCAAAUUAAAUCCAAAAUUAUGAUAAACUUUUGGAACAGUGAAUUUUUGAGAAUUUAUUUUUUGGUAAAUGUUCGCAAUUGCUACUAAAGCUUUCAAAUGAUUCAAUGAAAAAUCUGAAACAGUGAUAUUUUAUCAGUCUCAAAAUUAAAAAUUAUUUUAAAAAGAAGUUUUGAGAACAUUUUUUUUAGUUGGUCUCAACAUUAGAAUGCCAAAUUAAAUCCAAAAAUUUGAGAUAUUUUUGAAACAGUGAAUUUUUGAAAAAAUGAAAAAUCAAAUUUUCUGACAGAAAAUCUAGGAGUUCUUGGAUAAAAUUCCAAAUUUCUUCAAAAUGUUGACCAAAUUAAUUUUCGACCUGGAAAUUUUCUUUGAAGUCAUUUUUUUUGAAUUUGUUUUCAUUUGCGUUGUAGCAGUUUUCAAUAAUUUUUUUGAAAUUCUAAAAAAUUUUGAAACAGUGAGUUUUUGUUUUAUGUAGUAGAAAAUACCAUCAAGCUACAUAUUAGAAUUAUAAUAUGCACACAAAAGUUUGAGAAAUUUUUGAAACAGUAAAUUUUUGAGAAAAUGAAAAAUCAAAUUUUCUGACAGAAAAUCUGGGGAAUCUUGAAUAAAAUUUCAAAUUUCUCAAAAAUUUUGAUCAAUGUUAUUUUUCAAUUGCAAAUUUUGAAAUUUCGAAUUUUAGAGUCAUUAUUUGGGUUGAACCUUAUUUUUCCUGAAUUCUUAUUAAGUACAUCAGAACAGUUAUCAAUAAUUUUUUUGAAAUUCAAAAAAAUUUUGAAACAGUGGAUUUUUGUUUUAGUUUUACCUUCGAUCAAUUAGAAUUAUAAAAUACACCAAAAAAUUUGAUAAUUUUUGAAACAAUAAAUUUUUGAGAAAAUGAAAAAUCAAAUUUUCUGACAUGAAAUCUAGUAAUUCUUGGGUAAAAUUUCAAAUUUCUCAAAAAUGUUUACCAAAUUUAUUUUCCACCUGAAAAUUUCUGGAAAUUUUCGCAAUUUACGGCUAUUAUUCAGCAAUAAUUUUUUGAAACAGUUAAUUUUUGUUUUAGUAGAAAAUCCCACCAAGCUAUUAGAAUUAUAAUAUACACACAAACGUAUGAGAAAUUUUUGAAACAGUGAAUUUUUUACUAACAUAAUUUCUCUAAAAAAUCUCAAAUUUCCAGUGAAAAUGGUCAUCCUUCAUCAAACGGCGUCCGCAAAGCUCCAAAAGUGAUUUGUCACGUAUUCGAAUCCGACGAAGCUUCAUUCAUUGCUCAAUCAAUUGGUCAAGCUUUUCAAGUAGCAUAUGUCGAAUUUCUUCGUGCAAAUGGAAUUGAUGAUCCAUCCUAUCUUCGACAAAUUGAUUAUCAAGAAGUUUUAAAUUCACAAGAAUUAUUGGGCGAUGAAUUGGAAAUGUUUGCCAAAAAAGAAACACAAAAAGAGGUUGUUGUAUCGAAAAAAUCAGGAGAACCACUUGGAAUUGUUGUUGUCGAAUCUGGUUGGGGUUCAAUGCUUCCCACUGUUGUUUUAGCACAUAUGAAUCCGAUUGGACCGGCUGCGCAUUCGAAUAAAUUGAAUAUUGGUGAUCAAAUUAUUAAUAUUAAUGGAAUUUCGUUGGUUGGUUUGCCAUUGAGUGCAGCACAGACACAGAUUAAAAAUGCAAAGUUAGUUGGUUUUUUUUGGGUCAGGGGUUUAAAAUCAAUAUAUUUUUGAAACAGUGAAAUAAGAUGUUUCUCAACGAAUGGAUCAGUUUUCGAUUUCCCCCCAAAAAAUUUGGUAUAAUUUUGAAACAGUGAAGUUUUGAGGAUUAUUUUGUUACGGUGAAAAGAUAUUAUUUUUAGAGUGUUUGAUAACCUAACAGUUUUAGAUUUUUUCCCUAAAAAUUUAGCCAAAUUUUGAAACAGUGCAAUUUUGAGGUGAACAAGUUUUAAGAUUUAUUUUUAAUUUUUAGAUUUUUUUCGGUUGAAAUUGCUAUCGUCCACUGAGACUAAAAAAUUCGAACAUUUUUUUGAAGAAUUCUUGAAACAGUAAAAUUUUAUAAUAUGAUUUUUUAAAAUUUUCGUCAAUUUUCUUAUUAGUGUCUCUGAUUAGCUAUUUUUUGUUCUGAAAAAAUUUGAACAAUUUUUGAAACAGUGAAAUUUUGAGGAUUAUUUUGUUAAGGUGAAAAAUAUAUAUGUUUUUUGAGUUUUUGGUAAUCAAACAGUUUUAGAUUUUUUCCCAAAAAUUUGGUCAAAUUUUGAAACAGUGAAUUUUUAAAAAUAUUUUUUUCUGGAAAUUUUGAGAUUUUUUGUUAGCCGAGGUCUGAAAUAGUCAUUGCAGCAAAACGAGUUUAAUUUUUUUUAAUUCUUGAAACAGUAAAUUUUGAAAAAUAUUUUUUCUGGAAAUUCUAGCUGAUUGUGAGGUCUAAAAUAGUCAAUAGUCAUUGCAGCUAAAAUAAAUUUAAUUUUUUUUUAAUUCUCGAAACAGUAAAAUUUUAAUUUUUUCACAAAAUAUUUGAACAUAUAUCAAAAUGAAAUCAAAAUUCAGAAAAACUAGUAAAUUUUGAUUAUUUUUCGAAACAGUGAAUUUUUGAAGUCAGGAACUUUUUAAUUUUUCACUUCACCUUAGCAAGAAAAAUAUUGUGUGAAGAAUUUUGAAAAAAUUAAUAAUACAUUUUUGAAACAGUGAAUUUUUAAAAGGUUUGAACUUCGAAUCUUCAGUCAAUUUUUUGAAGCCUUCUUUGAAAACUCCAAAUUUCCCCCACCCACCCCAACCCUUAUCUCAUCCCAUCUCAUUUCAAUAUUUUUUUCGCAGAACCGCAACCGCAGUUCGUAUGACAGUUGUAUCAACUCCUCCAGUUGUCGAAGUUCGAAUUCGUCGACCCGACACAAAAUAUCAACUCGGAUUCUCCGUUCAAAAUGGCGUGAUUUGUUCGCUGUUACGUGGCGGAAUUGCGGAACGCGGUGGAAUUCGAGUCGGACAUCGAAUUAUUGAAAUUAAUGGAACAUCUGUGGUUGCUGUUGCUCAUGAUAGGUUGGUUGUUUUGGACAAUAUUUGAAACAGUCGAUUUUUUGCCAAACUUGAUGGAAAAAUGAAAACUUUAAGAAUUUGGCAAAAAUUUAAUCAUGUUUUGAAACAGUAAAUUUUUCAACCAAAUUAUUUGGUAUUCUCAAAUUAUUUUUUUUAUUAAUUUUUCUAAAAUUUUCAAAAAUUCGUGAAACAGUAAAUUUUUGACAUAUUUUUUUUCAUAAAUAAAAUUCCUGACAUUUGAAAUUUGAGAAAAAAAUCCGGUUCAAGAAAAUUCAUUUUAAAAAUAUGAAAUAUUAAUUUUCUGAACAAUUCAAAAUCUUCAAAAAAUUCUUGAAACAGUGAAUUUUUUCUGAAUUUAUUUUUUGAAUUUACUGUUUUGCAGAAUCGUAAUUUUUCCCACAAAUUUACAAAUAUAAUGUUAAAAAACUCACUGUUUCGAGAACUUUUAAAAGGUUUUGAAGAAAAUUUUGGAGCGUUGCAUGCAUAUUUUUCAUAAAUUAAAAAAUUGUUAAACUUAAAUUUUUUUUCAAAUAAAAAUUUGAAUUUUCAGAAUCGUAAAUAUGCUUGCAACAGCCGUCGGCGAAAUUCACAUGAAAACAAUGCCAACUUCAAUGUUCCGAUUAUUAACUGGUCAAGAACAACCCCAAUAUAUCUAG